UGCUGCCAGAGAGCCACAAGCCACCCGGCAGCUCUCCGAUCAGGACUUUUUAUUUCCACGGUCAGGUAUAGAGCCGAGCCGUGCCGCCCCUCUCGGCCUCGGCGCUGCUCCCGCCCCGGGCGCUGAGGGGAGGCGGCUCCGGGCCCCGCCCGCGGCCGCCGCCAUCUCCUGCUGCCGAGCGCGGCCGGGGGCUGAGGAGGGCUGAGGGCGGCCAUGAGGAGCCGCAGCAACUCGGGGGUGCGGCUGGACGGCUACGCCCGGCUGGUGCAGCGGACCAUCCUCUGCCACCAGAACCCAGUAACAGGGCUGCUUUCAGCUGGUACUGACCAUAAGGAUGCUUGGGUACGGGACAACGUCUACAGCAUCCUGGCGGUGUGGGGGCUCGGGAUGGCUUACCGAAAGAAUGCAGACCGGGACGAGGAUAAGGCCAAAGCCUACGAGCUUGAGCAGAACGUUGUGAAGCUGAUGCGGGGACUCCUACAGUGCAUGAUGAGACAGGUAGAUAAGGUAGAGAAGUUCAAAUGCACACAGAGUACCAAAGACUGCCUUCACGCCAAGUAUAACUCAGCUACUUGUGCCACGGUGGUUGGAGAUGACCAGUGGGGACAUCUGCAAGUAGAUGCAACUUCGCUUUACCUGCUCUUCUUGGCACAGAUGACAGCAUCAGGAUUACGUAUCAUCUUCACCCUUGAUGAAGUUGCUUUUAUUCAGAAUCUUGUUUUCUACAUAGAAGCUGCCUACAAAGUUGCUGAUUAUGGCAUUUGGGAACGUGGUGAUAAGACAAACCAGGGCAUCCCUGAACUGAACGCGAGCUCCGUAGGGAUGGCCAAAGCUGCUUUGGAAGCAAUAGAUGAACUCGAUCUUUUUGGAGCUCACGGAGGGCACAAAUCAGUGAUUCAUGUUCUUCCUGACGAAGUAGAACAUUGUCAGUCUAUACUUUACUCCAUGUUGCCAAGGGCAUCCACGUCAAAGGAGAUAGAUGCUGGCCUUCUCUCUAUUAUUUCUUACCCGGCUUUUGCAGUGGAGGAUGUCAACCUUGUUAAUGUAACCAAGAGUGAAAUCAUAUCCAAACUGCAGGGCCGCUAUGGCUGCUGUCGUUUUCUCCGGGAUGGCUACAAGACACCCAGAGAGGAUCCAAGCAGGCUGCACUACGAUCCUGCUGAGCUCAAGCUGUUUGAGAACAUUGAAUGUGAGUGGCCAGUGUUCUGGACGUACUUCCUAAUUGAUGGAGUAUUUAAUGAGGACAAAAUUCAGGUAGAAGAGUACAGAGAAGCUUUGGAAGGAAUACUUAUUAGAGAAAAGAAUGGAAUAGUUCUAAUGCCUGAGCUGUACGCAGUCCCUCCAGAAAAGGUGGACGAGGAGUAUGAAAAUCCUCACUCAGUGGAUCGUGUCCCCAUGGGAAAGCUGCCUCACCUUUGGGGCCAGUCAAUGUACGUCCUUAGCUGCUUAUUAGCAGAGGGAUUUCUGGCUGCAGGUGAAAUUGAUCCCUUAAACAGAAGAUUUUCCACUGGAUUUAAACCUGAUGUUGUGGUACAAGUAACUAUUCUGGCAGAAUCUAAUCAAAUUAAGAAUCUACUGCAAGACCAUGGAAUUGAUGUUCAGAGCAUUGCUGAUAUCCAUCCACUGAGAGUGCAGCCAGCUCGCAUCCUGAGUAAUCUCUACACCAAGUUGGGUAGGAAUGAAAACAUGAAAUUAAGUGGACGUCCACAUCGACACAUUGGAGUGCUGGGUACCUCCAAGCUGUACGUGAUAAGAAAUCAAAUUUUUGCCUUUACCCCUCAGUUUACUGACCAGCAUCACUUCUAUCUGGCUCUAGACAAUCAGAUGAUUGUGGAGAUGCUCAAGACAGAGCUGGCUUACCUCACUUCUUGUUGGAGAAUGACAGGGAGACCAACCCUGACGUUUCCCAUCACCCACACGAUGCUUGUCGAUGAUGGUACUGACAUUCAUCCAGCAGUUCUUGCCACCAUACGAAAAUUAGAGGAUGGUUAUUUUGGAGGUGCAAGGGUGAAGAUAGGCAAGCUAUCAGAAUUUCUUACCACCUCCUUUCAUACGCAUCUGAGCUUUCUGGAUCCAGACUGUGAUGUAAAACUGUUUGAUGACCCUAACGAAGGCUGUUGUAGCCCUGACAGUGAAUAUGGAGGCUAUCCAGCAGAUUUCUGUGAGAAAGAAAGCCAGGAUGAGCUGGAUCAGUAUAUAAAUGAUAUCCUGCAGAGUACAGCACUGAAGUCAUACCUGCCUCCAACUUCCAAGACUGCUAAUCAACCACCCAGGUUCAGUGCAAACCAUUCCACUCAAGAGAUACUGUCAAUAAUGGCCAAGGCAAAGGGUUUGGAGAUUCCAGCUGUUUCCAUGUCUCUUCCGACUAAAGUUCUGAACACGCACCGGAAGUCUCUGAAUCUUGUUGAUACUCCCCUUUCCUUUGACAGAAAGGACUCUGAAAAUGUUUUGAACCUACCUAAAGAUGCUCACGGUGAUUUGGAUUGCAGGAAACUUGUUGAGCAUCUGAACGAAUGCCCAACACUUCAUGAUCAAGCAGAUAUUUUAUACCUCUUGCAUAUAGUCAAAGGCCCUGACUGGGAUACGGAGCUGAACGGACAAUAUGGGGUCACUGUUCAUUGCCUGCUCAACGAGCUCUACAGAAAGGCAGGCCUCAAUCAGGAGUGGGGGUUAAUCCGUUAUAUUUCUGGUAUACUUAAAAAGAGAGUGGAAGUCCUGGCAGAGGCGUGCACAGACCUCCUGUCACACCACAAGCAACUUACUGUGGGCCUGCCACCGGAACCCCGUGAGAAAAUCAUUACCAACCCCCUGCCACCUGAGGAGCUCACAGAUCUUAUUUACGAAGCCAGUGGCCAAGACAUCAGUAUUGCUGUCCUGACACAGGAAAUAAUUAUGUACUUGGCAAUGUACGUUCGGUCACAGCCUAGUCUUUUCAUGGAGAUGCUCAGGCUCCGCAUCGGUCUGAUAAUUCAGGUGAUGGCCACUGAGCUGGCUCGGAGUCUGAAAUGCUCUGGUGAAGAAGCUUCAGAGAGUUUGAUGAAUCUAAGCCCCUUUGAUAUGAAAAAUCUCCUACAUCAUAUUCUCAGUGGAAAAGAGUUUGGUGUGGAAAGAAGCUUGCGACCUAUGGAUUCCUCUUCAUCUAGCCCUGCAAUUUCUAUUCAUGAGAUGGGGCAUUCUGGAGCAACCAAAACAGGAAGAAGUGGUAUUACUAAACUGAAGAGCGAGAUGAAGCAGUUCUUUCAUGAGAGCCACUCCAUGUCAAGCAGCAUGUUCGCUUCCACGAGGGGCAGCACCCCGCCGUCUCCCACCAGCACUUCUCCGACGGGCUCCGACAGAGACAUCAGCUGGGGGGACCGCAAAGGGCAGUGGCUGCGCAGGAGGAGGCUCGAUGGUGCCAUUAACAGAGUUCCUGUUGGCUUCUAUGAGAAAGUGUGGAAGAUCCUUCAGAAGUGCCACGGUUUGUCCAUUGAUGGGUACGUCCUUCCUUCUUCAACCACCAGAGAGAUGACCCCCUGCGAAAUCAAGUUUGCUGUGCACGUGGAGUCGGUGCUGAACCACGUACCACAGCCCGAGUACCGGCAGCUCCUGGUGGAAGCGAUUCUUGUCCUUACGUUCCUGUCUGACGUGGAGGUGAACAGCAUCGGGGGAAUCAUCCACGUGGAUCGAAUAGUGCACAUGGCCAACGACCUCUUUCUGCAGGAACUGAAAUCGUUUGGAGCUACUGGUGGUAUCUUGGAGAAAGACAUAGCCACAGGAAUUUGCCACUUUUUUUACGACAGCGCUCCAAGCGGGGCCUAUGGGACUAUGACAUACCUGACAAAAGCCAUAAUUAUUUAUUUACAGGAUUUCCUGCCUAGCACAGGCUGUGUGAUGCAAUAAGCAGUGUCUCAGGAGGGAGAAAAGGCUAGGAAGCUUUUCCUCCCCGUUUCGCUGCCUCAAACCUCUUGUUUAGUUGCUGCAUGUGUGUGUGCCAUACACUACCUCAGCACUUCAUGCGAAACAUCAUGGUAUGUGCAUGCCUGCCUGCGGGGGACAGGUAGGUGGAAUGUGGCCUACUUUUAAGGGAGGGUGUGAGAAAUAACAAAUAAUUAAGCUCAUUCUGCCCGAAGUGCAUCAAUGUAAUUCAUAUUAAAUUAGCAAGAAUUAAACAGCUCUGCCAAGGGGAAAACAGAUUACUCUGUGGAGAUCAAAAGGCAUAAUAAAACGAGGGAGCUCUAUCUCAGGCUUAAAGUCUCCCAAACAAGGGAAGUGAUGGAAUUCAUUAAUUUUUCCCCUGCUCUCUGUAAACGUACGUCGUUGUUGUGAAUCACUAAUGCAGUGUGAAACAUCCAGGGAAAUGUAAAUUAGAGGAAUAGGAAUAACUGGAGGUAACCAGGUGGUAUUUUUAAUACACAUUUACCCUGAUUCUCAUCUCGUUUGCACCUAGUUAGUACAGGGCUAGUGCCGCAGAGACAAAUGUCUUACAAUAUCCUCUAAUUUGAGAUGAUGGCCUUGCUCAGGAAGCUGCCUCUCUCUUUAAUCUGAACAAAGUGGCUUCCUUCCCGGCAUCCCCAGGGCUUCACAGGAAAAUCUCAAGACUCCAGCUUCUCCAAGGUGACAGACAGUUUUAUGCCUGUAAUCCUUUUCUCUGAACGGAGAAAGAUAAACCUCAGCCACCCGAGCACCCUUCCCAAGUCUCCUGAUCCUUUCCCUUGCAAAUAGCCUCAGAGUUGAGAAUGGCAUAAUUGCCACCCUUCCAGCGCAGGGCGAGUUUAUGGAAGGCUUUGAUGUUUUUCUCUUUUUUUUUUUCCUUUGUUAUUAUUAUUAAUUUUUUUUAAAGGCACAUUUGUCAGUCAUGGUUAGGGAUGGGCUCCCUGGUAGUCUUCUUCCAGACAGCUCCCAGGUUUGUGCCUGUGCCAUGAUGCUGUCCACUGAAAAUAAGCUUCAGUGGCUGCUUGGAGCUGCUUUAAGGAGAGAGAGUAAGCGUGUGUCAUGCAGGGAAAUGGCUCUGUGGCCACUUCAUCUGAAAACAGGUAGGCUGCUUCUGGAGUGGAAAACCCUGCUUCACCCCAGGCACCAGCUGCAAUUUGCUGUGGUUUUAUGCAGUUACCUGAAAUACCUUGAUGAAAGGAGGGAAAUAAGCCUGUCUCAGUUGCUGGUUGCCAGCACCUGUGGUCCCAGGGAAGGCAGGCUUCAGGUGGCACAGCUACCAUGGAGGCGCUGCUGCUGCUGCAGCAUCUGGGCACUUGCUCAAGAGAGCCAAGGCAGAGCAACGAGUGUGGGAGGCUUCAGGAGGUGAUUCGGAUUUAGGAGAAUUUGGCAGUCCAGGAGCUGCUUGCUGGAUGCUCUGAGAGGCAAGAACUGUGUUAACCAUCAUGGGCACUGUGGACCUGUGGAGGGAUAAGUGGCAAGGUACGGUUCAGCUACAACUAGUGCACACUUGGAUGUGGAAGUCAUUUUAUUGGCAUGGUACCUGUUUUUUGUUUUUUUUUUUCUUUUAUUGUGCUUUUCCCCUGUUUUUGUAUGCAUUGUGAGAGAUCACCUAGUGUGUUUCUCAGUAAAUAAAUCCUUUGGUUUAAACAUAUGGAUGUAACAGUGCAGAUCUUGAGCACACCAAGUCACUAAAGCAAUGGUUCAGAGCCUAGAGCAAAACAAACACCUCUUAACUCUUUUUUUUUUUUAAAACAAGUGUCUUUGAUUUAAAAUUCAUAGUAUGACCUCAAUUACCAUACAUUUAUUAUCACUGUGAUCAAUUACCACGUAUUUCUAUUCCAGGGAAUAGAAAUAAGUAUGUGCAUGUUUAGUCGCUCAUCUGUUAAUGUACAAAAUACUUCUGGAAAAGCAUUUCAUAUUUCAUUGACUAAAAAUAAGAUGUAGGAAUGACGGCACUCUAUGAAGCUUGGACUGCUAUUGUAUCUGUAAUGAUACAUUAUUAGGAAGGGUGCUAUAGCUUUUUUUUUUCCUUUGCAUUUUCAAAACUGUUACUAAAUUAAAAACUCCCUACUUACCUCAUGGUUCAGUAUUAAAUUUUAAAGACUGGUUAGGCUGGAACUGUUUACUACCCAGAAAGCACUCUGCAUACAUUGUAUUUAAUAAGGAUGAAUUAAGGUAAUGUCUUUUUUAUAAAGUUCCUGAUCUGGCUGCACUUUA